AUGGCAGGCGAAAGACUCAGCUCCAUCCUCAAGCACAUCACUCCCGGCUCGUCGGGGUUGUCUUCAAUCACAUCCAAGAAUGCGGACGACGUCGUGAUUACUCUCGCGAUCCGAACCCCACUUACCAAGGCCUUCAAGGGAGGAUUUAAAAAUACUGAGCUAGAUUAUCUCGUCUACUCGUUGCUCAAGAAGGUCGUCGAGAAGUCGAGAAUCGACCCCCAACUCGUCGAGGACAUCUGCUGCGGCAAUGUCUCGGACGGCAAAGGUGCAUACAAACUCCGAGCUGCUGCCCUUGCAGCUGGCUUCCCGAACACCACCGCAGCCUCUACCGUAAACCGAUUCUGCUCCUCCGGUCUCAAAGCUACACAAGACAUCGCCAACCAGAUUGCCUCUGGUAGCAUCGAGAUUGGCGUUGCAAUGGGUGCAGAAAUUAUGUCCGUUGGUGGCGAUCGUCUCGAGAAGCCCUUCCAUCCCGAAAUCCUCCAGAACCAAGAAUCCGCAGACUGCAUGCAGCCGAUGGGCCAGACAUCCGAGAACGUGGGCAACGACUUUAAUAUCUCAAGGGAGAAGCAGGAUCGAUAUGCCGCGGAGAGUUACCACCGUGCGGAAGUAGCACAAAAGGCUGGCUGGUUUGACGACGAGAUUGUCCCCAUUGUUGCCGAGGUUAAGGAUCCGAAGACUGGGGAAGUGAAGAAAGUGACUUUGACCAAAGAUGAUGGGCCACGAUGGGGUACUACGUUCGAGGGUUUGAGCAAGAUCCGUCCUGCAUUCCCUGAUUUUGGCGACAAGUCGACUGGAGGCAACUCUUCUCAAGUUACUGAUGGUGCUGCCGCGGUUCUUUUGAUGAAACGAUCCAAGGCCAUUCAACUUGGUCAACCAAUUCUCGCCAAGUACGUUGGUGCCACCGUUGCCGGUCUUGCACCGCGCAUCAUGGGAAUUGGCCCUUCUAUCGCCAUUCCCAAACUCCUUACAAAGUUCAACAUCACAGUCAACGACUGCGACGUUAUUGAAGUCAACGAGGCAUUUGCUUCCAUGGCUGUUUACUGCAAGGAUGUUUUGAAGUUGCCAUAUGAGAAGAUGAAUCCCCGUGGUGGAGCCAUUGCUCUUGGUCAUCCGCUGGGUGCUACGGGCGCGAGACAGAUUGUCACGGGUUUGAGUGAGUGCAGGAGGCAGAAGAAGAAAAUUUUGUUGACAAGUAUGUGUAUUGGUACUGGGCAGGGAAUGGCGGGGCUGUUUGUUAAUGAGCAGUUGUGA